AUGAGCCUAGGAUUGAGACAACAAGCCUUUGAAGAGAUGUUUGGGGUGGCUGUGCAGGCCAUAAGGAUGAACUACCACCCAGCAUGUUCAAGGCCUGACCUUGUUUUAGGUCUAAGCCCACAUUCAGAUGGAAGUGCCCUCACAGUGCUGCAGCAAGGAAAGGGCAGCUCAGUAGGACUGCAAAUCCUUAAAGAUAACACAUGGGUGCCUGUUCAGCCCAUCAUAAAUGCUCUAGUAAUCAACAUUGGUGACACAAUAGAAGCAAGAGAUCUGAAAUCUUAUGUGUAUCUUCUGCGUCAAAAUCAAUAUCUCAACUGGGGUCUUUCUAAAUUUUAA